AAUUUUUAUUAACAAUUUUAGCAAACCUUGAAUAGCUUCAUGGGAUUGUCAUGGAAAGCAUGGAAAGAAGCUAGAGAAACUAUCCAAAGUAUCCUGUCUGAGGGUAAUCCUGCAAUUAGAGGUAAUCCGGAUCUCAUGAAAAGAGCAUUUACUACCCAAGCUGAAGCUAUAAUGCAUUUGCCAGCAAAAAUUGGAGAUUACACAGACUUCUAUUCAUCCAUUCAUCAUGCUACAAAUGUUGGGAUCAUGUUUAGGAGCAAAGAAAAUGCUUUAAUGCCUAAUUGGAAAUAUUUGCCGGUUGGUUAUCAUGGACGGGCUAGUUCAAUAGUAGUGUCUGGAACACCAAUACACAGACCCCAUGGACAAACAUUACUUGCCGAAGGUACUCCUCCUGUGUUUGGGACAAGCAAAUUGAUGGAUUUUGAAUUAGAAAUGGGCUUUUUCGUAGGAGGAUCGAACAAACUUGGAGAACCAAUCCCUGUUGAGAAAGCGCAUGAACAUAUUUUUGGAUUCGUCAUCAUGAAUGACUGGAGUGGUGAGUUUAAAAAAAUAAGGAUUUACCAACUUUUUGUUGUUUUAGCGAAAGGUUCCAAUGUUUCGACCACCGUAUGUCGUUCAAAUUACAAAUAUUUGUAUUGGACUGCAAAACAGCAACUUGCUCAUCAUACCAUUACAGGCUGUAAUGUAAAUCCUGGAGAUUUGAUGGCUAGUGGAACCAUCAGCGGAGAGACAUCAGAUUCGUUUGGAUCCAUGCUGGAGCUCUCUUGGAAAGGGACCAAGCCUUUGACCUUACUGGAUGGAUCUCAGAGGAAGUUCCUACUCGAUGGCGACACAGUUACAAUGAAAGCUUCUUGUCAAGGAGAUGGUUUCAGUAUAGGAUUCGGGACUUGUGAAGGAAUGCUGCUGCCCCCCAAAACGUUAAACUGGCUUUAGUGGAUCCAGAUUACUGUUGAACGAUGUAUUGUUUUGAAUUAAAUUUUUAUAUUCUUCCUA